GCACGACCGUUUUGCUUUCAUCUCUUGUGCUCGGACAUUUCACCGGCAACUAAGCGCCGGAGGUUUUGAUGUCACAGGAGAUGUCGUCGCCACGGGCUUCUUCCUGCUAUGAUUCUCUAUCAACGUCGUUUGCGUCGGCGUCACUGUCGUCAUCAUCGCCUACGCUUCCUACUUUGCCUAUCACUGCCAUGAGGGAAAAAAUCGUCGGAAAAAUCCUUGAGAAUCGCGUCACUCUUAUUGUGGGCGACACUGGCUGCGGGAAAAGCUCACAAGUCCCUCAGUUUUUGGUACAAGAGAAUAUGGGCCCCAUACUUUGCACACAGCCAAGGAGAUUUGCGGUAGUUGCUGUGGCCAAAAUGGUGGCAAUAUCUCGCAAUUGUGAAGUAGGGGAAGAGGUUGGAUAUCACAUAGGGCACUCAAAGGUCUACUCAGCAAGAUCAAUGAUUGUGUUCAAAACUGCUGGAGUUCUGCUGGAUGAAAUGCGAGAAAAGGGGUUGAAUGCACUCAAGUACAAAGUUAUUAUUCUUGAUGAAGUGCAUGAAAGAUCUGUAGAGUCUGAUCUUGUUCUUGUUUGUGUCAAACAGUUUUUGAUAAAAAACAAUGAUCUGAGGAUUGUGUUGAUGUCUGCUACUGCUGACAUUGCAAGAUAUAAGGAAUACUUCAGGGAUCUUGGUAGAGGUGAAAGAGUAGAAGUGCUAGCUAUACCCAACACUGAUCAGCAUGUUAUCUUUCAACGACAUGUUUUAUAUUUGGAAAAGAUUGUUAAACUUCUUGGAAUGGAAUCAGAAAAUUUAUCUUCUGAAUACUGCUCUGGGUCAAGCCCGUUCACUGCAGAUGCUGAAAUUAAGCCUGAAUUGCAUCAACUCAUACACAAAUUGAUUAUUCACAUCCAUAAAAAUGAAGAGGACAUUGAAAAGGGAAUUUUGGUCUUCCUUCCAACAUAUUAUUCACUGGAACAGCAAUGGGUCUUGCUGAAGCCUUUCAGUCAUCUUUUUAGAGUUCACAUUUUACACCGUAGCGUUGACAUUGAACAAGCUCUUAUGGCCAUGAAAAUCUGUAAGUCUCACAGAAAGGUGAUAUUGGCUACAAACAUUGCAGAAUCUUCAGUUACAAUACCCAAGGUGGGGUAUGUUAUUGAUUCAUGUCGUUCUCUUCAAGUUUUUUGGGACAGUAAUAGGAAGACAGAUUGUGCAGAGCUUGCGUGGGUCUCAAAGUCUCAGGCCAACCAACGACAAGGGAGAACUGGGCGAACAUGUGAUGGUAAGGUGUAUCGAUUGGUAACAAGAGCAUUCUACAAUCAAUUGGCGGAUUAUGAGCCUCCAUCAAUAUUGAGGUUAUCUCUUAGACAGCAAAUACUUCUCCUUUGUUGUGCUGAAUCUAAGGCAAUUAAUGACCCCAAAGUCUUGUUGCGAAAGGCAUUGGACCCUCCCGAUCCUGAUGUUGUUGACGAUGCUAUGAAUUUGCUUGUUCAUAUCCGUGCAUUACAGAAGCCAUCUCCAAGGAGCCGACCUGAGCCUACAUUUUAUGGAAGAUUGCUUGCCAGUUUCACUCUUUCGUUUGAUGCUUCUGUAUUAAUUCUUAAGUUUGGGGCCAUUGGAAUGCUACGUGAUGGCAUUAUCCUCGGUGUAUUGCUUGACAUGCAGCCGCACCCUAUUCUUCGACCGUUUGGACAGGAUAGUUUGUUCAUGGAGUACAUUGAUAACUAUUUCACUGUAAACGCGAAGACCACUGGGCUAACUGGAAGAAAAGAAGUGAUAUGCAUGGGAAAUUUAUGUGCUUUCUUGUUUUGGCAAUGUGUUUUCAAAGAUAAGUACCGUCUUGAAAGGUUGCAAGACCUUUUAAAGCAUGGCAGAGCAAAUCAAACACAAACUAUGCUCCCUAAACUUGAGGAAGAAUGGUGUGCAUCCCACAAUCUUGUUUUGCCAGCACUUCACCAAGUUUCUGAAAUGUAUGAUGAAAUCAUAGCUUCCCUUCAUCGUUACCGACCCGAGUGUCUGGUUGAAUCAGACGGCCUGCCAUCUUAUUAUAGUGCAAACACUUUCGAGCAUACAUGUCAUCUAAUGCCUGACCAGUGCGAGAAUGCUGGUGCAUUAGUUAUGGAUGACCUCCUCCUCGAACAAGACCUUGGAAUAAUGAAGUGUGCUGCUGUUCCUUUUUUGGGUCAAAAUGAGGUUUUGGAAUAUGAAGUGGCUAAAAGUUUUGCUACUGUAAUCAAAGAGAUGAGAGCACAAUCAUCACAAGAUACACCUGGGAAUCAGCAUGUAGUUCAUGGUGAGCGUCAUAUCACCGGGGAAGCUUCACUGUGUAAAUAUUUUAUCCAAGGGCUGUGCAACAGGGGCAGCCAGUGCUUCUUUUCUCAUUCCUUCGAAGCAAGGAGGCCUGUUUGCAAGUUUUUCUUUUCCUUACAGGGAUGCCGAAAUGGAGAUUCAUGUUUCUUUUCUCAUGAGUCGGUUCCAUCAUUUCCUUCGGCCCUAGAAUCAAGGUCAUGCCUCCAGGAAGAUCAAUAUGCUGAUAGCGCAUCUCAUUCAAAAUUGUUUCAUAUGUCCUCAGAUGGGUGCAUCUUGGUGCUGGAUGACAUUGAUUCAUAUUUUACUUCAAAUCUCGCAUAUCAUUAUAACCCAGCCUCCAUUAUCGCAACUACAUCUCAUGAAGACAAAUCUACACAUAAGAAUUGGCCAGCUGGGGUUAGAGUUCUCUGGGGUCUUUCUCAUCCACAUCAAACCAUUAUGCCCAACUCUACUGAGAGUGCCAUUCCAUGGAAGGAUGUGAAAUGGUUAUUGUGGUUUCCGAAGUUUGAUAGUGAACAUUGGGAGGAACAAAAGAGUAUAGUACACGACUUUUUCGAGUAUUUAGCCAUCCGAAUGCUGGAAGAUGCCUUAUACGAUUUCAAAGUAAUCGUCACCAUGAAUAACAUUCGCUUUUCCUAUUUCCAGGUUGAAAAAUUGGCCAGGGAGUAUUUGUUCUUUCUCAGAGAGUCAUUCCCCUAUGAUGAGUCAAAGCUGGGGAUGUUAAGUGAUAAUGUCACUACCAAAAAGUCAAUGCAGCUGUCCGUGCCCAUAUCAUACGUUUUCUCGCUGCAUCGUCCGACAGUCAGUGAGUUCAGUGAUCCCGGCAUUAUUUGUCACAAUUUUCAUGGGCUUUGAGAGUACCAAAGCUAACCUGAGUUGCAUGGAAUGGAGCCAUCUCUCUGUGACUCCAGUAUAAAUUAGUACCCGGUUAACUCUUACGACAAUGGCUCAAUUUUUGUUCAACUAUUGAGAAGUGACGAUUAGAGAAAGUAUACCACAUAAAUUUUGUUAAACUAAAGGCAGUUGUAGUGGCUAAAACAAAUGCCCUUCCCAGUCAAAACCUCCCUGCUCCGCCAUUCUCAUCCUUGGUGGGCCUACCACGCCAUCUCCGACCGCCGGUAGAAAUCUUGGGCUCCGCCCCUCCGGUCCAACACACCAUCAUCAAUCGGUGCCUAAUCUCCGCCACCACUGCCGAUUUUGUUGGCAACGCUAUCUGAAUCGAAAUUCAGAUCUGACGGAGAUGGACAAGAAAAAAGAAAAGAAAGGAGAAGAGUUGAA